AUGCUUGGUGUUAAUUGUAAUUUAAUGAAAUAUUCAAAUACUUUGAAUGAAAAAAACAUUCUUAAAAUGAUCGAUCGUUUUAGACUAAGAUCUCGCUAUCAAAAAAGAUCAGCAAACGCAAAUAUGGAAGCGAAAACUUCAACUUCGACGCCGCCACCCUGUUAUGAAUCAGAUGACGAAAGUAACUUGCGUCUGUGGAAUAAUAGCGCUCCUGGAGCAGUCGGUAAUGAUUCUUGCAAAGAUAUUCCAUUUCUUAAAGUCUUCAUGCCGAAUGCGUCAGCUCCUCAAACCGAUAUUGGUAUUAUCAUAAUUCCGGGAGGUGGUUACGAUAAACUGACUGAUAGCAACGAACAAACACCUGUUGCUCAAUACUUUGCAAAUAAGUUAGGUAUCACAAGUUUCAUUCUAUACUAUCGUCUAGUACAGAAAGAUGGCACUUAUCGAUAUCCAGUGCCUAUGUGGGAUGGUCAACGUGCACUUCGUUAUGUACGUUACAAUGCUGCGCAAUUUAAAAUCAAUCCUGAUCAGAUAGGUCUCUUUGGUUUUUCGGCUGGUGGUCACCUAGCAUCAACGAUUGCUCUUCAUUCUAAUCAAAAUUUUAAUCUAACAGAUCAAGAUGAUUUGGAUUCAACGAAUGCACGACCAAAUUUUCUUGGUCUCGGCUAUCCAGUCAUCUCCAUGGAUCCACAACAAUAUGCUUCAAACGCAUCAAGGAAACAUCUCUUAUUCGGAUAUACUGGAGAUGAACUAACAAGUCUAGAGAAUUAUCUCUCUGGACAGAAGCAUGUCACUAAAAAUAUUCCACCUAUUUUCAUAUUCGAGAGUGUCGAUGAUAAACAAAUCAGUUCACAAAAUAGUGUAUUAUUUAUUAAGGCCCUAGAAGAUGCUGGUAUUUCGUAUGAAGCUCAUAUGUUCGAACAAGGCAAGCAUGGUGCUGGACUCGCCGAGGAUGAACAAGCUGAAAGUAUUUGGCCAACGUUAUUCCACAAUUGGCUAAUCGAAAGAAACUAUAUUUCAUGA